AAAAAAAAAAAAAGAAUCAAAGAAAUCACGACCCGGAAUCAAACCCGAAAACCCGGAAUCACAACACGAGAGCCAUGGGCAAGGACGGUCUAAGCGACGACCAGGUCUCCUCAAUGAAGGAAGCCUUCACGCUCUUCGACACAGACGGCGACGGCAAAAUCGCCCCCUCAGAGCUCGGGAUCCUGAUGCGAUCCCUCGGCGGGAACCCGACGCAAGCGCAGUUGAAAUCCAUAACGGCCUCGGAGAGCCUCUCGUCCCCGUUCGAUUUCGAGAGGUUCCUCGACCUGAUGGCGAGGCAUCUGAAGACGGAGCCGUUCGAUCGGCAGCUGAGGGACGCGUUCAAGGUGCUUGACAAGGAAGGGAGUGGGUUCGUUGGGGUGGCGGAUCUGAGGCAUAUUUUGACGAGUAUUGGGGAGAAGUUGGAGGGGAGUGAGUUUGAUGAGUGGAUUAAGGAGGUGGAGGUUGGAUCUGAUGGGAAGAUUAAGUAUGAGGAUUUUAUUGCAAGGAUGGUUGCUAAGUGAGAUCUCUUUUUUUUUUGCUUUUGAAAUGUAUUAAUUUUAUUGUUGUUUUUUGUUUGUUUGUUAUGGAGAUGUUUUGUGUGGUGGUGAUUCGGUUGAAGUUUUUUAAUCGUUAUGCGUUUGUUGUUAAUUUAAUUGAGUCCAAAUGGUGCUCUUUUUUUAAUAACGAACUGUGUUCGUCGACUUGGUUUCAUGUUCUGCAUCAUACGUAAGAGUAUUAUCCCGUUCAAGUCUACUUGUUUCACACAGGAUUGUCGUGUUGGUAGAUCUUAUACGUUUUGGUAUCC